AUGUCACGCGCGCUGUCAUUCGCCGUUGAGUUUGGCGCCACACGGCUCGAGGCAGUCGGCGCGCUGGUAGACAGGCGGCUCGCUUUGUGUGCGGACUGGGAGCGCGGGAUCCUCGGCAGCGACAUGGCGACUCCAGGGCUCAGCGAGGGGGCCAUAGCGGCUAUCUUGCAAGGAGAUUCUACGUCCAAGCCAACUCUUCAAGUCAUUAAUAUUCGUCCAAUCAGUACUGCAAAUGGCCCUCCUCGUUAUCGCCUGCUAAUGAGCGAUGGCUUAAAUACACUUUCAUCUUUUAUGCUGGCCACCCAGCUGAAUUCACUAGUAGACGAUAACCUUCUAGCAACAAACUGUAUCUGUCGGAUCACCCGAUAUAUUGUAAACAACCUGAAAGAUGGAAGGCGCGUGAUCAUAGUGAUGGAUAUGGAAGUUUUGAAGCCUGCUGAUGAGGUUAAUGGAAAGAUUGGGAAUCCACAGCCCUACAAUGAUGGACAAGGGCAGCCACAGCCAGCGGCACCUGCACCAGCCUCUGCUCCUGCACCAGCUCCUAUCAAACCGCAGUUCAACUCUGCUCCUCCUGCUUCCAUGAACCGUGGCUUAUCUAAACCGUUUGGAGGAGGGGGUGUAAUGAGUACCCCCGGUGGUUCUCAGUCCAAGGUGGUGCCAAUUGCCAGCCUCAAUCCAUACCAGUCGAAGUGGACAAUUCGUGCUAGGGUUACCAAUAAAGGGCAGAUUCGUACAUGGAGCAACUCCCGUGGGGAAGGAAAGCUAUUUUCUAUAGAGAUGGUGGAUGAGAGUGGUGAGAUCCGUGCUACUGGUUUCAAUGAACAAGUGGACAAGUUUUUCUCCCUCCUAGAAUUGAACAAGGUAUAUUACUUCUCUAAAGGAACUCUAAAGAUUGCCAACAAACAGUAUACAUCUGUAAAAAACGACUAUGAGAUGACGUUCAACAAUGAGACCUCUGUUAUUCCCUGUGAGGACUCUUCUGAUGUUCCGACGGUGCAGUUUGAAUUUGUACCUAUUGGAGACCUGGAAAGCAAGAAUAAAGACACUCUGCUAGAUGUAAUUGGAAUUUGUAAGAGCUUCGAUGAUGUAACGAAGGUUACAAUAAAGUCAAACAACAGAGAAGUAUCCAAGCGGACCAUUCAUCUAAUGGACACCUCGGGCAAAUUGGUUUCAACGACUCUGUGGGGCGAAGAUGCAGAUAAAUUUGAUGGCUCCAGACAGCCUGUUGUGGCUAUUAAAGGAGCCCGUCUUUCUGACUUUGGCGGUCGAUCUUUGUCUGUUUUGUCAUCCAGCACUCUAAUGAUAAAUCCAGAUAUUCCUGAAGCAUUCAAACUCCGAGGAUGGUUUGAUUCCGAGGGACAGGUUUUGGAAGGCACAUCCAUAUCUGAAUCAAGAGGCGGUGGAAUGGGUGGUGGAAACACAAAUUGGAAGUCUUUAUUGGAAGCAAAGAAUGAAAAUCUGGGCCAUAGUGACAAAGCUGACUAUUUUACCAGCGUGGCCACAAUUGUAUAUCUCCGAAAGGAGAAUUGCCUGUAUCAGGCUUGCCCUUCACAGGACUGCAAUAAGAAGGUGAUAGAUCAGCAAAAUGGACUUUUCCGAUGUGAGAAAUGUGACAAAGAGUUUCCAAACUUCAAAUAUCGCCUCAUACUGUCAGCAAACAUCGCAGACUUUGGAGAAAAUCAGUGGAUUACGUGUUUUCAGGAGUCUGCAGAAGCCAUUCUUGGCCAGAAUGCUGCUUAUCUAGGAGAACUAAAAGAUAAGAAUGAACAGGCUUACGAGGAGGUGUUUCAAAAUGCCAACUUCCGCUCCUAUAUCUUUAAGAUUCGUGUCAAGUUGGAGACCUACAAUGAUGAAUCCCGUAUAAAGGCCACUUCUAUGGAUGUGAAGCCUGUCGACCAUAAAGAUUAUUCCAGACGUUUAAUCCUGAACAUAAGAAAAUUAGGCGCUCAAGUGGUCUGACGUGAAGGAGGCAAAUUACUAAACAGACAUGUUACCACCACCAAGGCAAAAAUCCCUGGUAUUGAUGCCAUUACAUACCUUUUAAGGAAAACAUGCAAGGCCCUACUGGAUCACAUAAAAACAUAUACAUGGGCUCUGAAUCCACCUUACACAACACAGAAGACUAAAUGUUUUCAUAUGAAAAGAACAUAUAUUUUUACCUACAUUUAGUAUAGACAGGCAAAAAUUCGAGAGGCAGAAUGUGCAGAAUGUAAUGGCUCACUUACAAAAGAGCUUAAGAUUGAGUAGUGCUUGUACCUUGAUCCAGUAUUGUCAAUGUUUAUCUAAUUGUAACUCUUAAACUUGACUUCCUGAGCUCCUCUCUUCUUAUGCUAAUUUUUAUUAAAGCUUAAUUACAAUCAAACAGGACUUAAUUGGCAUCCAGAGAAGUAAUUGGCUGCCGCAGAGCAAUUUGAUGCCCACCCACAACCCCUCUUAGCACAUUUAAAGGUUCCAUACGCUAUCUGCCAAUUCAGAAUGCCUUUUCCUCCUCCAAAGACCUGGGGCUUCCUGUCUCUAUUGUGAGUCUCUGCUUGAUAUGGGUAGAUGUGCCAUACUGUUUGCAAAUGCUGGGAAUGACAAUAUGGAAGAAUUAUUAAUCAAAGACCUAUCUCUUCUAUCUGAAGACUUUCCUUCGGGGUUUAAUAGACUGAGUCAGAUGGUCCUGAUAUUAAUCAAAAUUGUCUCUUCUGAGGAGCUCUGAUAAGCAUUGACUCUGUGGCCUCUGGGGAAAUCUGGCCAACUACAAAGCUUUGCUUUAUUUUUCAUUUAAAUUAAUAUUGUGAUUUCCUACUCUUCUCUUUUUGACAGUUGUAAUUGCAGAAGUGUGUGUUCUGUACAUUUACAGCAUUUCUGAUGUUCAAGCUGCUUUAUACAUGUUUUUUUGGUUUUGUUUUUUUUGGGGAGGGGACUUCUGUGCUUUCCCUUUUAACUUUUUUUUUUUUUCUCC